GCCUGAGACCCAGCAGAAAGCCCCGUUGAGUGCCCCUCCUCCCCCGCCACCCCCUCCGCCUCCCCCUGAGCCGGCAGGGCCCCCGGAGCCGGAGGAGGAGAUCCUGGGCUCCGACGAUGAGGAGCAGGAGGACCCCGCAGACUACUGCAAAGGAGGGUACCAUCCGGUGAAGAUCGGGGAUUUGUUCAACGGGCGGUACCAUGUGAUCAGGAAGCUGGGGUGGGGCCACUUCUCCACCGUAUGGCUGUGCUGGGACAUACAUAUCAUCAUCAAUCCACCUAUUUCCAUCUAUCUUUCUUUUCCUUCUCUGUUUUCCUCCCUCUUAUCUUUAGUACUUUCUCGUUUCCUUUUCUUAUUGUUGUCUCUCCUUCGUCCUCUGCUCCUCCUACCUGCCAUGUUUGCUUCAUCUCGUUGUCCUCUUGUCCUCCAGGUCAGAGAGAGCGACCCAAACGACCCCAACAAAGACAUGGUGGUCCAGCUGAUAGAUGACUUUAAGAUCUCUGGAGUCAACGGCAUACAUGUGUGUAUGGUGUUUGAGGUACUCGGUCACCACCUGCUGAAGUGGAUUAUUAAAUCCAACUACCAAGGUCUGCCGCUGCCGUGUGUCAAGAGCAUCAUCAGACAGGUCUUGCAGGGUCUGGACUACCUCCACACUAAAUGUAAAAUCAUCCACACAGACAUCAAGCCAGAGAACAUCCUGAUGUGUGUAGAUGACACCUUCGUUAGACGCAUGGCCAUGGAGGCUACCGAAUGGCAGAAAGCUGGAGCUCCCCCUCCCUCUGGAUCAGCAGUUAGCACAGCCCCCCAGCUCAAACCGGUGGGAAAGAUCUCCAAGAACAAGAAGAAGAAGCUGAAGAAGAAGCAGAAGCGUCAGGCCGAGCUGCUGGAGAGGCGUAUGCUGGAGAUCGAAGCCCUGGAGAGAGAGGCAGAGAAGAAGGACGAACGAGCCAAAGACGGGGGAGAGAAAGGGGACCAUGAACACAACCCGCCUUCGCCCCACAAGAAGACACCGCCGCCGAUAGGACCCAGCAUGGCCCUGGGAGAGAGCGAUGAUGAUGAUGAGGAGGAGGAGGACGAUGAGGAGGAGGAGGAAGGGGAGAAGGAGAGGCCCAUCAGGUUGACAAAUCAUACAUGUGCAGCGCCUCCCCAGGAACAGAGCGAGGCUCCUAACAUCCCUGAAGACAACCCCGAUGAGGAGGUGGAAGAGGAGGAGGAGGAUGAGGAUGAGGAGGAGGAGGAUGAGGAGGAGGAUGAGGAGGAGGAAGAAGAAGAGGAGCUCACUCCUAUUGCUGAACAAGAGACCCCAAUUCCCCCUAAAACAGAACAAGGUAAUGGAGAUCAUACGCAGACAGAAGAAGAAGACGAGGAGGGGGAGAAGGAGGAAUUCAAAGGGGUAGAGGAUGGGACUGAGAAAGAGGUAGCAGAGGAGAAAGAAGAGCAGGAGGAGAAAGAGGAGCCAAAGAGUGAAGGCCAAACAGAGGAGAAGGCAGAGGUAGAAGAGGAGUCAAAGGAGAAGGAAGGGGAGGAUGAGGAGGAAGAGGAAGAGGAGGAGGAGGACGACGACGACGAGGAAGAUGACGAUACAACGGCAGACCUCAUCACAUUGAGCACCUCCCCCAUCAAACCUGACAACAACAAAAGCAAUUCGGUCAAAAGCAAUUCGGUCAAAACCAACGGUCACGUUUUGUUGGGAUCUGAGGGACUAAAACCAAACCCUGGCAUUCCUCCUACUCCUUCCCCAACCCCUGAGCCUCUCCUCUGCCCCCUGGUGGAGUCUGAGCUCAGCUACACGGACAGGGACAACUCUCUCAGCUCUGGUUAUGAGAUGCACAACGGUGAGUCGCACCGGGCCAUAAUGCCCAUCUUCCCCGACCUGCCCCUGGAUCCUUUGCCAGGAAACCCCAUUUCUCUUGGAAUGGCGGACAUUGGAGCAGGGCUGUUGACCAACAGCCCGACCGCUGACCGCAGUCGCACUGUGUCGUCCUCAAGCACGGGGGACACACCCAAAGUCCGGGCCAGAGCUGCAGACCUCUUGAUCAACCCACUCGACCCACGAAACGCUGAAUCUAUUCGAGUCAAAAUCGCUGAUCUUGGAAAUGCCUGUUGGGUGCACAAGCACUUUACCGAGGACAUCCAGACGAGACAGUAUCGUUCCAUUGAAGUCCUGAUAGGAGCUGGUUACAGCACUCCUGCAGACAUCUGGAGCACUGCCUGCAUGGCCUUUGAACUGGCGACUGGAGAUUACUUGUUUGAGCCUCACUCUGGAGAAGACUACUCUCGUGAUGAGGACCACAUAGCUCACAUCAUUGAGCUGCUGGGCUGUAUUCCGAGGCACUUUGCACUCUCCGGAAAAUAUUCCCGGGAGUUCUUCAACAGAAGAGACCACAUCGCUCUGAUCAUGGAGCUCCUUGGGAAGGUCCCACGCAAAGUGUUCGCAGCCGGGAAGUACAGCAGAGAGUUUUUCUCCAAGAAAGGUGAGCUGCGGCACAUCACCAAGCUUAAGCCGUGGUCCCUGUUUGACGUGUUGGUGGAAAAGUACGGCUGGGCGCACGAAGACGCCGGCCACUUCACCCACUUCCUUCUGCCCAUGUUGGAGAUGGUGCCUGAGAAGAGGGCCUCUGCCGGCGAAUGCCUCAACCACCCCUGGAUUAACUCGUAGCCACAAACUCUGAUCAUAAGCCCUCCUCCUCCCCCAUGUCCCACCAACAGUUAGCCCAAACAUCAUCCCCUGGUGGCAGCUCCAGGAACAACAGCAUAGAGAGAAGAUAAAAGACAAACUUAACCUUUCUACCCUGUCCAACACAUCCAUCAAUGCUUAUCUUAGUAGGCUUAAAUCCAACAAAAGCCCCACAUUUUUCCCAAAGGAAUGUUAAUACAAGCUUAUGGAGAUAACAUGACAUGGUAGCUGUGUCUUCCGAAACAUCUCCCAAAAAGAAUAAGAUAAUUUAUAGAUGGAUGCUAAGAGAGAUGACUUUUCUUCUUCUCUUAUGUUGUCAAGAUGUCAGCCAACCCCCUCAUAUGUUUUCCCUUCGACGUGAUUCACAUUUUCAACCUGUUUGGAUCCAGUCAUGGGCCACUAACAGCUGCUGAUCUUUUCAUUGAAGGGAAAGAAAAGUAAGAGCCUAGAGCUCCAUCUGCCAUGACCUUUACAUAGCCAGGGCCUUAUAGACAGACAAGAGUGUUUGUUUUUGGCAGAGAGAAUGAGCACAUGUGCCUGUGCUCAAGAUCUGCCUACAGAGACUUCUCCUCUCUAUUUCCAGCCCAGGUACCCCUUCUUCCCCCUCACUCUGCUAUGGAAGAAGCACCCACAUGGGACUAAAAGUUUACACCCUUAUUUCUUCAACAAAUCAAAACCCUUUUCCCAUUUUGGUCCCCCCUUUACCUUCCUUCCAAAAUAAACCGCAUGCUCCUACCAGGGGGCCACCGCAGAGAACUGGAGGUCAGCCAGUCCUCCAGGGGGCACCACAUUGACAGUUGCCACUCUGACAGUGUGGGAUGAGCAGAAAAACAAAAACUAGAAUACAAUCAGUUAAACACAGAGGAGGACUGUUUGGUCUCUUAAGACUUUUUUUAAAUGCAUGGAGGGACUGAUGGAUCAGCAUGAGCGGAUAUAACAAAUGGAAGAUGGAUGCAUCAUUUUAUUAGUGCAUUAAGCUGGUUUCUUUCUUGUUUUUUCCCCUCUUGGACCUUGUGUUAGAAAGAAUUGCAUUAGGUUAUUUUGGUGCCCCGUGUGAGGAAGUUACAACCCCUUCUUCUUCAACUUUUGACAUUCCUAAAUCUUGGUCCAUAAUUCCUGACUUUUAUUCCUAAGAGCAAUUCUGUUGAGUCCUGCUGUGUCACGUUUACCUGAUCUGUUUGGUACUAUUCCCUCAUGUUUCCCCUAUAGAGGAACCUUUUGAUCCCUGAGCGUCUCCAGAAGGGGAUGGUCGCACGGAGGUUGCACUUGUCUUUGUAGAUGUCCUUCAGGGAUUUGAAAUCUUUGUACAUAGAACUGAGAUCUGGCAACGCAGAUAAGUGGACAACGUUUCAACACACAAGCAUCAUUCCAAAAAUCAGAGGCUGCUGUCAGCAUAACUUGACUUCCUCUUGAUACAGCCGCCAUAGCUCCGGCCCUUGAGGAAUGUUCAGACUGAACUGUGCCACCUGAUGGCAAAUGAGAGUACUGCAUUACCACACACUGCUGCUGCUCUCAGUGCCAAUGCUCCACUGGAUCUCUCCACUUCUCUAUUUCUGUCUCACUCAGACACACACACACACACACACACACACACACACACACACACACACACACACACACACACACACACACACACACACACACACACACAGACACACAAAGAAAAGCGCAUCAUCACAAUUAGUCCAGUUGCCUAUUUUUCGCAAUAAAUGAAAAAAGAUGAAUAUAAGUAAAUGGUGAGAUAUUUUUAAAAACUAUUUAAUUCAUUUAAAAAAAAAGGAAAAAAAGAAAACAACUUUUCUCUGGUUGUUGUGACCGUGACAGAAACUUGUCUUAUACUGAGGUGAUUGUGUUUGUCUAUUAGAGAUGUUUUUAUUUCUUUUGUCAUUAUUAUUAUUAAUUAAUAUUAUUGAAAGGUUUUUUUACACAGUUGUCACCUCUCCCUCCCUCCUUACUUGAACAGUGCUGCUCUGUCUGGGCUCUAGAUGGUGAUUAAAAGAAAUCAACAGUUUUGCAAUAAAGGGUAUGUGAUGAGUUUUUUUUUUGCACCAAAACCUCCUGAUCUCACUCUUUCAGCCAUGCUGACUGUUCUUCCUGAUGACAUUGACAGAAUUGCGUCUCUUGUCUGUGUUUUUCAUUGACAGAUUUAAUAAAAUUGUAAAUUAAUGGAU